AUGUAUGUAGCUGACUCUGGUAAUGAUCGUGUGCAACGCUAUGCGCCCAACUCAAACAACGGUACGACUGUUGCUGGAUCAGCAGGUAACGAGGGUAGUGCAACUAACGAGCUACAUCAACCAAUUAGUGUUGUCGUCGACGAUAAUUUUAAUAUGUUCAUUUCUGACAUGGGUAAUAAGAGAGUGGUGAAAUGGGCUGCGAAUACAACAAAUGGUACAAUUUUAAUUGAUGGUAGUAGCAAUGGUGCUGCUAAUGGUCAACUUAAAAAUCCAUAUGGCAUUUUAUUAAUCAAUGAUUCUUCGAAUCAAAUAUAUUUGAGUGAUCAGAGCAAAGAUUAUGUUGGAAUUUGGACAUUCGGAGCAGGUAUCGCCAACACAACAUGGUUUACUGCUAAUGGUACCGAUCUCAACCAACCAACACAGAUUACAAUGGAUCGAUUAGCUUAA